AAUAUCAAUAACCGCAUCUUAUAACGGAAUAAAUACGGUACUUCAAUGCAGAAUUUUCGUAGUCAAGUUGCUUUGCUAUCUGUUAAGAUUAUUCAUUUAGUUCGAUGGUACAAUUUUGUUUCGCCAGAGUUUCUUCGUUUACCUUAGAAAUUUUUAACAAGAGGGGCUACGCUUUCGAUAUAUCUUGAAUCAUACUUAAGAGAAAUAAAAAACAUUAGAUUGAUUAAGUUAGCUAAAUGGCUAGUUCUGAGGGUUGGCAUAAUGUUGUUGCUCAACAACAAUCUUUGGAAAAGUUGCUGUCGCUGCGCAGGAGACUAGAUUUGUCUGAAAACCAUGUGGUCUGAUUUGCCACAGGUAGUCUAUAUGAAAAGUUAAUAAAACCUUUAUUCUGGCGUUUUACAUGAAGUAUUGGUUUAGUUGAAGUUUUGGCCUAAACUGAUUUCAGAAGGUGUCAACAGCCCAGGUUACAAACAGUCUCUGUACUAAGAUAAACAAGGCUCAAUUUGCAAGAUGGCAAAGAGCAUACCAACCACUUCGUUUUAUGGAAGCAGGAGAACAACAAUUCGAAUAACGAAUCAUGGGGUUGAGGAAAAAGAAGCAAAUUUGGGAAUUAUUGUCCCUGAUGCUUUUAACAGUGAUAUAGAAGAUGAAGAGAGUGAUGAAAAUGAGAACAAUGAUGUCAUUAUCAGAGGAGACAUGAAUAUCAGUAAUGAUGAUGAUGGUGAAGACAGUGAUGAUUGUGAUGAUUAUCAUUAUGAUGAUAAUGAACAUGGAGAGAACAAUGUUUUCAGCUUCCCAGAGAACCCAGUUCCUGAUAAUGUAGUCAAUACCACACCAGAAGGCACAUCAGUUACCAGAAAAUCAGCUACAAAAAGCAAAGCAACCAUGAAAAUCCCAAUGCCAAGAUGGCGCAAGAGGGAAGCUGCCGUGGUUAACAGUGUGUUCUGUGGAGAACCUCUACCAAGUCCACCCAAUGAAGUUUUGACACCAAUAGAAUACUUCAAAAACUUUUUUGAUGAUCAGCUGAUAGGUCACAUAUCUGAGCAGACAAACCUGUACUCUGUGCAAAAAAAUGGAUCGUCAGUUGCUACAACAGCUGAUGAGAUAGAGCAAUAUAUUGGUAUACUUCUGCUUAUGGGUAUUUACAAAAUCCCUCAGUAUAGAAUGUACUGGUCAAGAGAACUGAACAUUUCCAGCAUUUCAGAAACAAUGCCUGUAAACCGCUUUGACAAAAUCAAAAGCUUUUUUCAUUGCAAUGACAACUCAAAAAAUGUGCAGAGAAGUCACCCAGAGUUUGACAAACUCUUCAAAGUAAGGCCAGUGAUAGAUUCUGUUCAAAAUAAAUGUAGGAAGGUUCCACAAGAGGAAAAGCACUCUAUUGAUGAACAGAUCAUUCCUACAAAGGGCAGGUCUCCAAUAAGGCAGUAUAUUCCCAACAAGCCACAUAAAUGGGGAAUAAAGGUUUGGGCACGCUGUGGAGUCAGUGGCAUUGUUUAUGAUUUUGAUGUUUACACUGGUGCUUCUCCAAAGGGGAAUCUAGAUGAGUCAUUGCAAAAUUUUGGCGUUGGUGGUAAUGUGGUGGCUCGCCUAUCAUCAACGAUGCAAAGAAAUGUUGGCUACAAGCUUUAUUUUGAUAAUUACUUCUCUUCCGUCGCACUGAUGCAGUAUCUUCAAAAGGAAAGGAUCUGGGCUGUAGCAACAAUACGGGCAGACAGACUGAAAGGUGCAGAGAAAGUCCUAGAAGACAAAAAAAGCUUGAGCAAGAAGGGAAGAGGGUCCAGUGACUGGUGUGUUGAUGCCAACAGUAAUGUUGUGAUUGUUCGUUGGAUGGACAAUGGAGUUGUUCAAUUAAUUUCAAAUUACAUUGGCAAAGAUGAUGGUUCUAAGGCUCAAAGGUGGUCAGCUAGAGAAAAGAAGUUUAUAACUAUAUCUCGACCUCUGAUGGUUGAAGAGUAUAACUUGCACAUGGGGGGAGUAGAUUUAUGUGACAUGCUGAUGGCUCUCUACCGGAUAAGACUUCGCUCUAACAAAUACUACAUGCAUAUCAUUUAUUAUUGUAUUGGCGUGUCAGUCAUCAAUGGAUGGCUUCUCUAUAGAAGGCACUGCAUGCAGCUAGGAAUUCCAAGUAAAGAUGAAUUGACAUUGAUUCAAUUUCAGUCCAUGGUUGCAAAUGCCUUGACACUUGCUGGGAAGAGCACACAGCCAAGAAGAGGACGGCCAUCGAUUACCCCCCCUCCAAAGAAGAAAACAAAAUGUCAUGCUGUAGCAACACCCAUCAAUGAUGUUCGCUUUGAUAAUGUUGGGCAUAUCCCAGAUUUUGAGGAGAAGCAACAGAGAUGUCGUUACUGUCCUAAGGGGUACUUUGCAGUCAAAUGUGUGAAAUGUAAAGUUCAUCUCUGCUUUGUACGAGGGAGAAACUGCUUCAAGAAUUUCCAUUCAAAGUGAAGAUUAGGACCAUUUGCUAGGCAUUAACUGCAGUAUGAUAGGUUCAAGAUUGUCAGUUCAUUUAAGAGUUUUAAAGUUCAUGUUGAGUUAUUAUAAAAUAUAUGAACAGUAUAUACCUUCUGUUAUCACUUGUACCACAACGGAAUCAAUAUGUAUGUAGAACAGCCCAGGGGGAGAAAGUGCUAAUUAUCAAAAGGCCAAUCCUCUUUCCAAAAGCCCUAUCUGAAUUGAAAAUUCAAAUAAUUGGCUAUCUGUCUUAAUAAAGUGUGUGGAAAUAUACAGAAAACCACAUUUUUAGAUAUUUUGAUAUUUCAUUAUCAGCAACAACUUUAUACCAUUGCUGCAUAAUGUUGUUGUGGGACAACAAUCUGACAUGACAUCAUCUUCUAAUAAUAAUGUCAAAAUUGGUCUGAAAAUAGUUCUCCACAUCAAAAUAAAACAUUCUAGUGCAAAAAAUUUUUUUUUUUUGGAUUUAAAAAAAUUAAUGCAGGAAAGGGUUAGUUGUUAAACUCAAUGAAAAGCUGUGAUUUUGGUUGGAUCCGCUUUGUUGUGUUGUAAUUUCACUACAUUUCAAUAUUCUUUACAUUUCAAGUUAUUAAAGUUUCUAAAUUUUUGCAUCAUAUAUCAUAGAUUUGAAACUUAAUGAUAGUUAGGUGUAGUGGGUUGAAGUAAACUCAAUGACAAAAAUUAUGCAAUCCUUUUUGUACGAUUCACAGAUAUUAUUUCACCAUUGCAACAUUUGACAUUAAAAUGUAUAUUUCUAGAACUUUUGAAUUUUGACCAGAUAAUUUUAAAGAUAAUGGUUAAACUGCUCUAGUUAUUGUUAAAUUACUAAGAAAGGGAAUUUGCAAAUGGGUAAUUGUUGUUUGUCCUGGUUUAUAGCUGUAAAGAUUCAAGAACAUACUGCAAUGAUUUGAUGGCAAAAAAUCGGUGCUCAAGUGGCAAUAUAAGUGAAUAAUAUUGCACAUUUGAAGAUAUUUGAUGGCAUCAUCCAGGUUAUAUGGUCAGAACUCCAAAAAUUAUGAAAAUUGGCUUUUAUGACGUAAAUUAAUUUCUCUUCCUACCUGUAUGCUGCUUUUUGUGCAAUGGGCAGCAUUGUCCAUUGUUUCCCUAGUAUUUUGCUUAUUGUACGAUUGUCCAAGUCUGGAUAUGCCCUAGAAUGUACAGAUGAAUGUCUCGCUAGAAUAGAGUUCUAAAGUGUGACGUCAUCAAAAACCUAUUUUUAGAAUUUUUGAAUUUUAACCACAUAGCGUAAAAGAUCGCCAUGAAUUACUUUCAAAUACGCAAAAUUGGCCAAAUAUGUCUAAAAUCGGUUGAGAUAUGGCUAAUGAAAGAUUUGAAGUUUGCUAACGAACCACUGUUAUUUGGCUCUGUUCAUAAAGUUAUGAACAGAGACCAAAAUACAGAGGUUUCAUGGAGAAUGAGCCAAUACAUAUGUGGCCAUAUCUUUGCCAUUUCAUAAUACACUUGACAGAUUUUGCACAUUUAGAGGUAUUUCAUGAUGCUCUUUUAGGUUAUGGGAUCCAAAUUGAAACAUUCUAAAAAAUAGAUUUUUGUGACGUCAUCGCUGUAGAACUCUAUAGAAUAUUGCUUUGAAUCUCUCUAAGUAGCAAGCGAAUAACCACCACUCAAAACAAUACCAAUGAAAGCAUAAACGGAAGCUACUG